AUGGACGAGAUUAACCCACCUCAGUCGUCACGUAAACGCGGGACGUCAUCCGAUCAUCAGGGCGACACAUCCUCAGCGGCAAGACCCACAACCCCAAGGAAGAGCCGGUACGCCGUGGAUGACACGGGGGACCGGAUAGAGUGCUCUGGCAAGUAUUGCAAGUCAUGCAGCGGCGCUUUGAUAGCCGACUGCGUGGCACUCUGCUGCUGCCCCUGCGCUUUGCUGAAUCUUCUCACUCUUGCCUUCGUUAAAGUGCCCUGGAUGGUGGGCAGGAAGUGCUUGGGACUGGGGAAAUCCAAGGGGCAAAAGCGGAAAAGCAAGAGAAAAUGCAGCAGCAUUGACGAUGACGAUGAUGAUCAUCAUCAUCAGUGUGAGGUGGAGAGAAAAGAAGAGGAAAGAACGCCAGAAAUUUCAUCAGACCAAAUGGAGUGUGUGAGUGCCAGGCUGGAGGCAGAGAGGGUUUGGUUAGAGUUGUACCAGAUUGGUCAUCUGGGUUUUGGUAGGGUGUCUUUCAGUGGUAUGUAA